UUGCCCGGCUUGACCUGGAUAAAAAAUUGUUAACGUUGGUAAAAGAUGUUAUGUGUUUAGCUUUGUAAUGAUAAAAUAAUUUUUAAAACCGUUUGCUUAUUAUUUUUCGAGUAAAAUAACGUAACAAACAAUAAAAAUCUUUCCUUCUUUAUAUAACAUUUCGUUAGACUUUAGUACUCUAAAGUCUGUAUGUCGAUGACUCGUACGUAACACCUGAACAAAUAUUUUACAAUUUCGAUACAACACUUUGGUUACAUUCUCCCUAAGUUAUAAUCGUAUUUAACAUGGAUCUCUAUCAAUUAGGAGUGAUGUUAAUAACGUGUAAACUUAUAGCAACACAAGCCAUAUUUGAAUCUGACGUAAAUAUAAGAAUCGACGCAGGAACAAGAACCUGCAUCUUCGAAAAGGGUCAAGCGGGACAGAUCAUGGAGUUUUAUUACCAAGUAUUGGACGGACAACAUGGAGAUUUAGAUAUAUCUGUUGACGUCUUCGACCCCAAGGGAAAUAAAAUUAUUGCAGAACAUAAGAAGACCCAAAACUCUAUUAUAAUGGACUUGGAAAACAGCGGAGAUUUCGUGUUUUGUUUAGACAAUACACACAGUGUUAUGAAUUCGAAACUUGUAUAUUUUUACGUAGUGAUUGAAGAUAAAGAGAAAGACCAAGAAACAACGGUCAACGCGGUCGGUAACGAUGGUCACGAGUACGAAGAGGGAGAGGUAGUCGAGUGGAUAGGAACCGAUGCUAACGGCGAGGAGUAUGCAAUGAAUGUGUCUGAAAUUAUUGAAUAUCUCAGGCGUGUCCUCAAUCACGUUGUGCGUGCUCGACAUAUGUUAGACAUUUAUAGCGCAACAAAGACAAGAGAUAGUUACUUAGCAUUAGAAGAUACAUUUAUUGUUGAUGUCUGGUCUACUUUCCAAAUCACGUUUAUGGUUUGUGUAGGAAUGAUACAAGUGUAUAUGAUAAAGCGAUUGUUCGAUCGACCGUAUUGCAUUUAAAUUAAGUAAUAUUUUCAAGUGCAGUUAGUAGUUAUAUAUUUGCUUAUAAUUUAUUUUGAAUUAUUAAACAAUAUUAUUAUUUUUAAUACUUAUUUUCAUGAAGUGAAAUUUUC